AUGAAGGGAUUCGUUAUACGUCAGCUGUCGCGACCCCAGGCGUCUCUUCUCCUCGUCCUGGUUCUCGUAGUUAACUGCUACGGCGAGAUCGAGAGACGCACCUCGAAGCAGAUGGUCGAGGAGUCGCCCGAGAACCUGGCCUCCAACCUCAGCAAAGAUUGUGGCAAGUCCUACAGUGCAACUUGCCUCAAGCUGGACGUGGUGUCUUUCCUGGAUAGACUGUCCGAGCAGGAGGACAUCAGCAUCCUUCCGGGCGUGUCCGUGAUCAAGGAAAACGGAACGGCCAACAUGCCUGCGGCGGAAGUGGUCGCUAAUUUAGCGAGGGACUUCCCCAAUGACGUGGAGAAGAGGCUUGACGCGUUCCUGGUGCACAAGGUCGGCAGCUACCUGAACAGCCACUCGAUAUCCAUCAAGCUCUUCGACCCUAGGACCUUCGAGGCUGCUAGGAACUUCAACGAGGAGACGCUCGCCCAAUUGGGCCUGGGAGGAUCGCAGACCGCUGGAACAGGGCGUAAGAAGGACAAGGGCAAUGGCGCCCUCAUGGCAGGUCUCAUGAUGAUGAAGGGCACCCUGGGAGCUGUUGGAUUCGGUGCUCUGGCUCUCCUAGCUGGAAAAGCCCUCAUGACGGGUCUCAUGGCUCUGAUGUUAUCCGCCAUCGUGGGACUCAAGUCCUUGGCGGGUGGCGGCGAGAAGAAGACCACGUACGAAAUCGUCAGCAAGCCUGUCUACUCUACCUCGCAUACCCAUAGCUCGGAGGAGCACCAUGGACACGGCUAUGGACACUCCGGAUACGGCAGAUCGCUGGACAGCAUCCAGGACACCGUUCACCAGGCGAUCCUGAAGUACGGGAACGCGCGGGAUCGUCGAUCGAUCUGGCUGAAAUAA